CUUCAGUGACCCUGCAGCUGGCUGGAGCCCUGCCCAGUCCCACAGCUCUGGGCAGAGGAAAGCAGGCGGACCGCAAAGAAGGGCCAGGACCCUGCGGACUGGGAUGGCGCACAGCCCCAGGGAGGGCCCGGUCUCUCAUCCUGGAGGCAGCUCUGAAGGACCUGUCGCCUGCCUUGGCAUCACUGUCUUUCCUGCCUGGUCACCUGCUCCCCAAUGCUGCAGGGACCCCAACUUCAACGGGGCCCUGAGCCUGGACAUGAAGCAGCGCCCUCGGGUGACCCACCCGCCAGCCCUAGGGAAGUCGGGGCCUGGAGCCAGGCGAUGGAGAAGCAGGCCGGGGUCCCGGGGAUCCCCGCCCCCCACUCAGCCAAGAGGAAGUGGAAGCACCAUAAACCUCUGGGCUCCAGAAGCACAGGGGCAGGAGGACCCGGGCUGAGCGAGCUCUGCGGGGUGGGGGAGGCCUUUCCCCGCCCGGCAGGGACCUGCUGUCCUUCCAGCCCAGGACCCCACAAGCGCAGUGGGCUGGUCCUCCCGGCAGCUUAUCUGCCUGGCGGCCCUUUGCCCCAGAGCAAGCGGAGCGCAGUGGAGCAGAGGCGGCCGGGAAGGAAGCAGGCAGGCACUCCGCCCCUCUCGGCCUCUCCGGGGGUGGAGGUCACAGCAGGCCACCCGGGGGGCCAGGGGACGCUCUCGGAGAGGCCCUCCUCCGUCUCCAUAGCUACCCAGGGCGUCUCGCACCUCCCCACGACCCCACCCCGAGUUGGGGAAAGGUGCUUCCUGGGUCCCGGGGCGGCGCGGGGGAGGGACAUGAGCCCACCGCCCCUGAAGCCUCCGCCCUGCGCCCCCACCACGAAGCUCGGGGAGGGGGCCGCGGCAGGCAGGAGACGGGGCGACGAGAGGGGAACCGCAGGGGCAGGCAAAGUGGUGGGAACUAGCGAGGAGUGAGAGGCGCCGGCGGGGCCCGGGAGGGGGCGGAGAGCAGCCCCACAGCCUUUCUGGGCGCGCCGUCCGCCUCCCCGCCCCGCGGCCGCCCCCU